UAAUUUCACUAUUUUCUUGGAUAAACGAUACGAGAACUACACAGCUCGAUUUGGUCUAUAUUUAAAAAAACAGAGUGGAUCGAUACUUGAUUUUAUGUUUUUAAAAACAAUUUAAAGCUGCAUUAAAAUCUUAUAAUGGCUGGGUCAGCAUUGCGACGGCUUAUGGCCGAAUAUAAACAGCUUACAGUUAAUCCACCAGAGGGAAUCAUUGCCGGGCCCAUCAACGAAGAAAAUUUCUUCGAAUGGGAAGCUCUAAUCACCGGGCCAGAAGGAACAUGUUUUGAAGGUGGCAUAUUCCCGGCAAAGCUAGUUUUCCCUCCAGACUACCCGCUGAGCCCUCCCAAGAUGCAGUUCACUUGUGAAAUGUUUCAUCCAAACAUAUAUGCUGAUGGGCGUGUCUGCAUAUCUAUUCUCCAUGCGCCCGGAGAUGAUCCCAUGGGGUAUGAGAGCAGCGCUGAGAGGUGGUCGCCAGUUCAAAGUGUUGAAAAAAUACUGCUGUCAGUAGUUAGUAUGCUAGCUGAACCUAAUGACGAGAGUGGAGCAAAUGUUGACGCAGCAAAAAUGUGGAGGGAGGACCGAGAACAAUUUAACAAGAUUGCUGAAAGAUUGGUCAGAAACACGCUAGGAAUACCAUCACAAUAAAAUUCAUGUGCUAAACUGACUGAGCUUUAAUAUAUUUGGUGGCUUGUAAACUAAUGUGAAAAUAUAUUUUUUGCAUAAUCUUUCUACACAUGGAGAAAAUAUGUAUAUAUAUAUAUAUAUAUAUAUAUAUAUAUAUAUAUAUAUAUAUAUAUAAUAUAUAUGUAUAUAUAUACUCAAAGUUAUCUAAAGCAUGGCAAACAAUUAACAAAUUUUACUAUUGUAUGUCUGAGUAUGUAGUUAGGGUUGUUUACAUAUAGAUGUGUAAUGUUGACACAACACUUUUAUGAUUAUUAUUUAUGUUAAUAUCAGAUUAAAUGAUGAACGAUAUUAUAUUUGCACAAAGCUUAAACUUACUGCAGAAUAAUUGUAUUGUGUGAUAAAUUGAUAAUGAUAACUACUUAUACAUAUGGACAUGUAA